AUGUAUAGCAAUCGGUUUAUGCUUUUUAGCGGUAGAAUUGUUCCCUGGUUCCAGGAACUAACAACUGAAAAAAUAGGAAAGACUGGUUUGGUUAGAGAAAAGGCAUUUGGUACCACAAAAGAUCGAAUGUUUUAUAUUGAGCAUUGUGCAAACUCAAAGGCUGUAACCAUUUUCAUCUAUGGAGGUAACAAGAUGAUGAUCGAGGAGACAAAACGCAGCAUCCAAGAUGCACUAUGUGUCGCUAGAAAUGUUAUUCGUAAUAGCUCGUUUGCAUACGGUAGCGGAGCUGCAGAAAUUUCAUGCUCAAUUGCAGUUGAAGCUGCGGCUGACCUGGUAGCAACAACUCUCUGGGACGGCUGCAUUCUCAUCUUUAGUAGCGGAAGCACUCGGUGCUAGCUUCAUUGCUUCGUUAUCAGGUGUAGAUUUCCAACAGGGUCCUCAUGUUACUUCAACACUAUCCAUUAUUGCAGUUCCAAUAAUUGCAACCAACCACAUAAUGUAGUUGAUUUUCAUUGGUGAGUGAUCUAUGUAUAUUUAUUAUUAGCCAUUCUCUUGAGGUUUUACACAUGUAAGUCUUUUAACAAAAGAAAAAUGUUUUUAUUAUCAAAACCUCAUUAGAUAAUGGAUCCACUUAAAUUUUGAAACCACCUGUAUUCCUAAGGUGAGUGAUUGUUACCAAACCUUAUUGCUUUUAUCUCCCAUUUUGAUCUUUGUAAGUUUGACUUCUUAUUACUAUUACUUUAGCACUACCUUAUUAACAAGAUUAAUGUUGAAAACGGUAAAAAAAGUUAGGAAAACAAAUUUUUUUAUGCUAGAAUUAUUUACCAUAUAUUUUAAAUAUUAUAUAUUUGGGUUCGGAUAGAAUAGUUUGGCAUUAAUAGUUUGGGUAAUUUAGAUGUGUUUCAUUCAAUAACAUUGUAGAUCCAAGACAACGAAAGAUUUUAAAUUUAAUUUCAUGCGCGCCUCGUCCCUAUAAAUCAUGCUUGAUCCCCGACCCAUGGGGUUGUACAUGAGAAUGGAUGCGAACGCACACAGGUCUUGUGUUGUGCAUUAAUACUACAUCAACUUUUUACACCCCCCCCCCCCCCCCCAAUCACUUAUCGGUUUGUGGUAAUCUUAUGUUACUCACUUUUUAAGUUUUGAAAAUUGUAGAUUGAUCUAUAGGGAAUAUUUGCAAGUAAUUUUGUUCCUUUCAGCCAAGGAGUGCUGCUGUCAUUGUUGCAACAAUUGGCAUGUGAUAUUGGGAAUGAUACCUCUAAGAAACUUGGUUGGAUGAUGGAUGUGGUGGUGGCGAUUAAACCAACUGAUGGGAUCAUCUCAAUGCAUAUAUAAGGCAAGGCCCAUAUUUGAAGCAGAUGAGUGUUCCCCAAAACUUCAGCUGCUGAGCUUUCCAGUAUUCGUGUGGUCACGAAACUCAUAAACUCGACGUUAAGGAGCAUGUAAGUAAUUUAGAGAUGAUUGUUUUGUACGGAGUCUUAGAAUUUUUGUAAUCGGAAUUGGACAUUUUGGUUUCAGUUAAGAAUCUUUUUACAGUAAUUCUUAUGUAUUAGCUUUGUGUGUGAACCACUUGACACAACACCACAUUUGAUGACAUUUUUCAUGAUAGUUUAACCAUAGACUGGUCAAAAUGGCCCGAAAGCCUUCAUGUUUGUUGUGAAGAAUUUUAAAACUAGCAUGAAACAUGAUCAAUAUCUACAGGAUGGACUCUCAGAGAUUAUAUAUUCAA